UCUGGCAACCUGAGCGCGUUGCACAUGCACCGAAGCGAGGUCCUCUGUACUUAAACUUGUUUUGCUACCACAUUCUCUCUUCUCUAGCUCGGCUUGCCAUUCCAAUAGGAGCCUGACACGCGUGUACACCUUCAACCAAAGACUGAGGCCUGUGCCCAAGGAUCCAUAGCAUCGGGUAUGUCGAUCACCCUUCUUACGAGCAAACAGCGUUUCAGAGACUCAUUCUCAGCGAGCGCCUAGUAUGCCAUUGUUGUUUUCUAUUACAUCUAUCAGCAUGAAAUUCUGGAGGGGCAAGCAUGUGAUAUCCUCCAGGUCAUCUAGAACUCUUUCAAUACUCUGCCGGGGCGAGAGAAUUAGUCGCGAGGAGCUUUUCAAAUAUACGAAUGGACGCUUCUUGGUCAGGGAGAAGGAAUUAUGCGACCAAAGAUAUCUGAAAUUCGACUUGGACCAGCUCUGCGCUGUAGCCGCCUCUGCCGGCAGUAGCAAAUCGCCUAUCCGCACAAUUGAGAAAAUGGAAGGCGGCUUCAGCAAGGCAUUACUCAUGAGCAAAGAAGAUGGAACGGAGGUCGUUGCUAAACUCCCCUUCUCUAUUGCUGGGCCCCCUAAGUACCUAACAGCAUCUGAAGCAGCCGUUCUGCAAUACUUGCAUGACCACACCACAGUUCCGGUCCCCAAAGUCCUGGCAUGGAACGCCGACUCUUCGAACCCGGUCGGUGCCGAAUACAUCAUAAUGGAGAAGGCUGUCGGCUGCCAACUGGUCAAGAAAUGGGGAGAGAUGGAAGAUUUGAGUCAUUUUGAAUUCAUCAAAAACCUAUGCAAGGUUGAAGCUGAUCUCGCGGCGAUUGCUUUCCCCGCGAAUGGAAGUCUCUACCUCCGUGAGUCAAUGGGGGCCGGCGACAAGUACAAACCUCUAGCGCCCGAGAUGGACCCUUCUGGCCAUUUUUGCAUCGGGCCGUCUUGCGAGCGGUCAUGGUUCGGCAAGGACGAAGCGGAAUCUGUACAGGCCCGCUUUGACCGAGGGCCAUGGCCCACUCUACCUGCUUUUGGCGUUGCGCUUGCCGAACGAGAGAUCGCACGUAUCGAACAGAAUCUCAAAGUUGUGCCCUACGGGCCACCACGAGGCUCUACUGAGGAACAACUUGCCGUCUUGAAAAUGGCUAAAGAGGUCUUUUUUAAGAUGGACGCGAAGACUCUUCCCGGACGCUUGCCGUGGCCGACCUUAUGGCAUACCGACCUACACUUGGGAAACAUCUACGUUUCUGAUGAAGAGCCUACCCAAAUCGUCUCGCUUAUUGAUUGGCAAUCUAUCGUGGUCUCGCCUUUGUUUUACCAAGUUCGCUUCCCCGAAUUUAUAAGCAUUGGCGAGGACUACGAGCUUGGGUCCGAGAUACCAACGCUCCCGGAGAACAUCGACGAAAUGGACGACGACGAUCAAGCGAUUGUCAGGUUCAAACACAAACAAACAAUGAUGGGCAAGGCUUACGAGGCUGCCAGCGGUUUCAAGAACAAGAAUGUCUUCAAAUCUAUACGUCUUCCUCCCCUUUUCCGACAACUCUUCCUCCGUUGCGGAGAAGCGUGGGAAGAGGGUAUUGUACCUCUUCGUGUUUGCCUGAUUGCAAUAGCCGACGUAUGGAAUGAAGCUGGAUUUUCCGGCGACUGUCCAUGCAAUUUCAGCGAGGAUGAGAUUGAAAAGUAUCAGCAGGAAUUUCAAGAAUACCGGGACCACCACAAGAUCUAUGAGCUUGCCCGGGAAUAUCUGGGUACCGAUGCCGACGGCUGGAUUGCCCCUGAUGAUGACUUUGAGGAGAAGCAGCAGCGGAACAAGGAACUCCUUGAUAUUUGCAUAGCUCACUGUGCAGAGUAUGGUAAAUCGGCUGAAGAGAUGCGGAAGAUUUAGCCGUACUAAUAAGGGUCUGGGCGUUUCUCCCUGUUCAUGACGCAAGCUCAAGAGCUCAUCAAGGGCAAAAAUGUGACAGUGCUAUCAAGACGUCUCGAGUUAUGACUGGAAAUGAUUUCACAUAGGAUGUUAACGAAA